AUGUCCAUAUAUGAAAUGGUAUGUGGGGCAAUUAAACGUGUUGCAGAGUUUUAUAUCAUCCCUAAAUUUAGUAAGAAACCAAACUAUGAUUCACCAACAAAUAAAUAUCAAGAAUUUUCUAAUGCUUAUGUAUAUAGUAUUAUAGUGAAGACAGGAAAUGGUACCCCUAACUAUGCUGAUGUUUGUCGUGAAGCAACACAAUAA